AUGGUAGGCUUGAGCACCGUGUGUGGCUUGGUUAGCAGCUUGCUCCUUUGCUCUGGCCUCACUUCGGCCAAAGCUGUUUCUAAGCCUUCCUGUCACAAUAUUCCGGGAGAUGCUGGAUGGCCAACGCGGUCAGAAUGGGACCAGCUAAACCAGACGGUCAGUGGUCAGCUCAUUCAGACUGUGCCGAUGGGAAGUGUCUGUCAUUAUGAGCCAUUUGGCAAUUACAACAAGACGGCAUGCGAUGAAUUGAGAAAGGAUUGGGACUUUAGACAUUGGAAAUUCAAGGUUUGGGAGAUGGGGCAAAUUCAUGUGAAUCAUCCGUCAGAGAUUAUGAACCCGUAUUAUCAGAAUCGGUCAUGCGAUCCUUUCACAUCUGCAAAUACACCUUGUGAGCUUGGAAAUUAUGCAUCUUAUUCAAUCAACGUCACCAGUGCCCGGGAUGUAGUUGCUGGAAUUCAAUUCGCAAAGGAAAAGAAUAUCAGACUGGUGGUCAAAAACACUGGUCAUGACUAUCACGGACGAUCGAGCGGUUCAAACAGUCUUUCGCUGUGGAUGUACAAUCUCAAAACGGCCGAUAUCAUUCACAACUACAAGAGUUCUCACUACUCUGGACCCGCAGUCAAACUCGGAGCUGGUAUGGGUGUUGGCGAGUCCUAUAUGGCUGUGCAUGAAUAUGGAUACCGUAUUGUCGGUGGUGAAUGUGGAACAGUAGGGGUCGCCGGCGGCUACUCGCAAGGUGGUGGUCACUCAGUCCUGACUAGCGAAAACGGUCUGGGAUCUGAUCAAGUCCUUGAGUGGGAGGUAGUCACCACCAAUGGCGAAUAUCUGAUUGCAACACCCGAGCAGAAUUCGGACUUAUACUGGGCCCUUAGUGGUGGAGGUGGUGGCACAUACGGCAUCGUCGUUGGCGUUACGGUCAAAAUCUUCAAAGAUGGUCCGUUUGCUGGCGGUGCGCUAGUUUUCAACAACACUGAUACCCCCGGAAACGAGGUGUAUUGGAAGGCUAUUGAGCUCUGGUAUGAAUAUUUCCCAUCUCUCACCGUCAACAACAACACGGUUCAAUUUGUGCUCCUUAAUAGCACUCUCGAUGCCCAAGCAAUCAACCUUCCCGGUCAAACAGUUGAAGAUGUGAACAAUCUUAUGGCUCCAUAUCUAUCUGAGCUGGAUAACCUCGGCAUAAAGUACAGCUUCAAGACCGAAUACUCCGAAACAUACUACGAUCACUUCAACAACUAUUACGGCCCUCUCCCCCACGGAGCCGAGCCUGUGACCACCAUCCUCUACGCCCGACUCGUACCCCGCAAGGUUAUUCAAGAUAAAAAAGCCAACUCCAAACUUAUCGAUUCGUUGCGUUCCGUUGUGUCAAAUGGCAAAUGGCUCAUUGGUUGUGGCGUUUUCAACUUACAGAACAAAGUGCAUCCCGAUAACGCAGUUUUGCCUGCAUGGCGAGAUGCCCAAGCCGUUUGUAUUGCAAAUGGAUUCUGGAACUUUGAGGCGCCGACUGAAGAGAAUCUGAAGCUCAAGGAGGAAUUGGCAGACUUCCACGCGCCAGCCUUGGAUGCCGCAACGCCGGACUCAGGUGUGUACAUGAAUGAAGUCGAUCCUUUGUACAAGGGAGACUGGAAAGAGGCUAUGUACGGCGCAAACUAUGAACGACUCUUAGGGAUUAAGAACAAAUACGAUCCAGACCACCUCCUCUUUGGACACAUGUCUGUUGGAAGUGAUGAGUUCCACUUUGAUGAAGCCGGCAGAUUGUGCCACAGACGUGAAGAAUCGACCAUCGAUCUUGAUCUCGGUUUGGUCGAUCAAGCUAUGAAUUGGAUGGGUCUCCAUGACCUUUAG